UCGAAGGGCUUCGGUGAAAAUUUGACGGUCACCUUCGAGGUUUAGAAUCGAAGGGUUUUAGAAACCCAAAAAGGAAAAAGAAAUUAAAAACAAAGAAAGGAGAUGGUCAGAUGGCAGCUGCUAUUUCACCUUCACCAUAAUUAUACGAGUAGUUGAAUAAUUUUUCGUGAAAUUGAAGCAUUAGUAUUGGAUUAAUCAGAGACCCCCAAAAUUAAAGUGAAAAAAAAAAAAGAACAAGCAAUGGUUUCUGUAUCAACAUGGUGUCGCUACAUCGCCCACAAGCUUGAAUACUCCAUGGCUGUCAGCUGGAAGAACUAUAAAGGAGGUCGGAUAACUGAAGGUCAAAUAGGAGACACCGUGUGGAAAAACCUAUUUCAGGGCAAGGUGACUUUCUUACAUUGGAAUAAAGGAGAGGAGAUGGCUCCUACAAUUGCGUCCGAAGGUGGAACUCUCUUAGUUAGAAAAAUACCAGUUCCAGGGCCAAGUCGUGUUUUCAUUGGAGAUGUAGUGGUCCUGAAAGACCCUGAAAGCCCAAAGGAUUAUCUAGUCAGAAGAUUAGCUGCCACUGAAGGAUAUGAAAUGGUCUCGAAGGAUGAAAAAGAGGAGCCUUUUAUCCUAGAUAAGGAUGAAUGCUGGGUUCUUGCUGACAAUGAAGCUUUGAAGCCAAAGCAGGAAGCCAAGGACAGUAGAACUUUCGGCCCAGUUCAUAUGUCAGACAUUAUUGGUAGAGUUAUUUAUUGUUUGCGCAAUGCUGUUGAUCAUGGUCCUGUGAGAAACAGUGAAUUCAGUGUCAAGAAGGAUUUGCCCGUACUAGAAGUUGAGCUCGAUGUUGAAGAAAUGGCUAAGAAUCACAAAACUUAAGUUGAAUCAGCCAAUGUGUUGGAGUUCGUUGGAUGGGGUUAUGCAUAACCAACCCCCUUAUAACUCGUACAUCCCGGUAAAAUUAGGGCCUUGCUGAAUUGUUUUGUAUGUACCCUCUUUUAAUCCGAUCAUAUCUUUGUGACGGAAAAUAUUCAUUGUUUAAAAUUACUUUAAGGAGAGAAGAAACUAAAAUAAUGACGAGAUGAUUCUGAGUUGCUGAUGAGAUUGGCACUUUUGAUUAGUAUGCUGUUUUCUUCUCGAAAAUGUGAGGAUGGCCAGUAUCCGAUUUUGGAUUUUAAACUGUUAUCUGAGUAAUAAUGCUCUGAACAUUUAAGCGCAGUUGAUUAUCCAUUCAGUCUAAA